AUGGGCAAAUCGCAGUCGAAGCUCUCGCAGGAGCAGCUCACCGAGCUCCAGAACUCGACGCACUUUGACAAGAAGGAGCUUCAGCAGUGGUACAAGGGCUCAGGCUUCCUGAAGGACUGCCCCUCGGGCAUGCUGAGCAAGGAGGAGUUCCAGAAGAUUUACCGGCAAUUCUUCCCAUUCGGCGACCCCACCUCGUUUGCCGACUACGUCUUCAACGUUUUCGACAGCGACAAGUCUGGAAGCAUUGACUUUAAAGAGUUCAUCUGUGCCUUGAGUGUUACCAGCCGGGGAAAGAUGGAAGACAAACUAGAUUGGGCAUUCCAGCUAUACGACAUAGACGGCGACGGCAAGAUUAGUUAUGACGAGAUGCUACAAAUCGUAGAGGCAAUCUACAAGAUGGUCGGCUCCAUGGUCAAACUGCCCGAAGACGAAGAUACCCCAGAGAAGCGUGUACGCAAGAUUUUCCGCAUGAUGGACAAGGACGAGAACGGGUCUUUGGAUAUGCAAGAAUUCAAGGAGGGGAGCAAACGCGAUGAGACGAUUGUGUCAGCCUUGUCCUUGUACGAUGGGUUGGUGUAG